CCGUAGCGGCCUUCUUCGCAGGUUUACAGCGUUAGCCCGGUGGUGUGUGCGGACGGUAAAUAGCGUCAGUUUAUUUAUUUUAUAAGGUUAGAAAAGCCGAAUUACGCUGAUUUUGCAGAGCUAUAAAGCGUAACAAAGAUACGCAAAGGAGUGGGACUGAGAAGGAAGUAGUUAGCUUAAAUUCUUGAUUUCGCUAGCAGACCUUGGCGACAUGUCGUUCGACGAGCCGAACAUGGUAAACGUGCCCGCCAUGCAAAACGUAUCCAGAAAACGGAAUAAGAAGCGCUAUAUGUCUGGUCAACCCAACAAGCGGUACAGGCGCUCCCGGGACCUGGAGGUGGGCAUGCAGGGGGUCCUGGUUACCUGCGGAAACAACAACAUGAGACCGUGCACCAUAGAAGCCAUGGAUCUGCUCAUUGAAUACGCAGACAAGCUCUAUGGACCCGAGGUGCUUCCAGAUCAGUUUGGAUCCAGCGGACAAAACGAGGCCGAGGAGGAAGAUGUGGAUGUUGCCUUGAAGAAGGAAGUUGCGCAACUGAGAGCGCAGAGAACCGAUGAGGAGAGGCGCUUCCAGGUCCUCGAGAGCGGAGCUUUCAAUGUCAUCUUCAUCAGAACUCGAAAUAUAGAGCCUGACAAAUUGAUUCAUUACAUUAUGAGUGACCUCCAUGCCACCAAGCAGAAAAAGUCACGUUUGGUCCUUCGCAUGUUGCCAGUCGUCGGGACAUGCAGGCCUUAUCACGAAGAUAUAAUGAAAUAUCUGACCAUGUUCCUGGCUCCUUGGUUUCAAGCUCCAAACCAUGGAACAUUUAAGGUGGCCUACAAGGCUCGCAACAACAACCAGCACAGGAGAGAAGAAAUCAUCAAAAACGUUGCAGGUAUUUUGGCGAGGCUGAACCCUAAAAACAGGGCGAAUCUGAUGAACCCUGACUACGCAGUGGUUGUGGAGAUCAUCAAGAAUGUGUGUUGCGUCAGCGUGGUAAAAGACUAUAAACUGUUCAAAAAGUACAACGUUUACGAAAUCGUAAAAGAUUCGCCCGACACCGAUGCGGCCACAACGAAAACGGACGCAGAGGUGAAGGAAAAGCACAGUGGAGAGGAGGGGGACAAAGAAGAGGGCGACAUGGAAGAGAGUGAGGGCAAAGAGGAGUCGCAUGACAAGAAGGAAGGUGAUGGGGGAGAUGAUGCACAAGGCGAGGAGGAGGUGAAUGAGGGGGGAGAUCAUAAACAAGACAAUGAGGUUAAUGAGGGGGGAGAUGAUGUACAAGUCAAGGAGGAGGUGAAUGAGGGGGGAGAUCAUAAACGAGACAAUGAGGUUAAUGAGGGGGGAGAUGACACACAAGACAAUGAGGUUAAUGAGGGGGGAGAUGAUGUACAAGUCGAGGAGGAGGUGAAUGAGGGGGGAGAUGACGCACAAGACAACGAGGUUAAUGAGGGGGGAGAUGAUGUAAAAGUCGAGGAGGUGAAUGAGGGGGGAGAUGAUGUACAAGUCAAGGAGGAGGUUAAUGAGGGGGGAGAUGGAGGGCAAUGA